AUGGCAUCCGACCAGCAGAUCAUCUUCACCAAGGACGCCCCCGCGGCCUUGGGUCCCUACUCUCAAGCCAUCAAGACCCCUUCCACUAUCUACUGCUCAGGCCAGAUUCCCCUGAAGCCUGACGGCACCUUUAUCGAGGGUUCCAUUGCAGAGAAGACCGAGCAGUGCUGCAAGAACGUCAAGGCUGUCGUUGAGGCUGCUGGCUCAUCCAUGGGCAAGGUCGUCAAGACGACCGUCUUCCUCUCGGACAUGGCCCACUUUGCCGAGGUCAAUGGCGAGUAUGAAAAGUGGUUCUCGCACAAGCCUGCCCGCAGCUGCGUUGCCGUCAAGACCCUUCCCAAGAACGUUGACGUUGAGAUUGAGGUUAUCGCACUGCCUUAA